UGAGACAUCUGUGAAUUAGUACUCGAAUUCAAGCGACCGUCAAAACAUCUUCCACGAAACUGAUCAAUUGAUCCGGUGAUUUUAACACUUAUGCAACGAAAAUUCACUGAUUGAUGAAGCUAUCCGCGACUUCGGCGCGUCCGUUGUUACGUGCAUACUCCACAGUGUCCAAACAUUAUAUCGACAUGAUCAACUCUGCUUUAAAGCCCGAGGUGGUGUUGUCAGAGAGCAAUCGUAAGGCUUGCAUCAGAAAAUUUAGAUCCAUGCAAUUUCCAAAGUUGCAUGACAAGGAUGUUACAGAAGCUGCCAUUUUGAUUCCAUUAUGCUCCUACAAAGGAGAAGUUGGUCUCUUAUAUACUCUGCGGUCCAUAAAACUCAGAUCCAAUGCAGGACAGGCAUCAUUUCCAGGUGGUAUGCGUGACAAGACCGAUGUCGAUCUACAGGAAACUGCUCUGCGAGAGACUUGGGAGGAGCUGAAGAUCCCUAAAGAUAAGAUCGACGUGUGGACCAUGGGAAAUUUUAUCAGCAAGACAAACGUCAACGUGAUGCCUGUGCUGGCUUAUGUUGGCGAAGUAGUGCCGGAACAAUUAGAGAUCAACCAUGACGAAGUGGAUGAGGCAUUCGUGAUCAGCUUACAAAAGUUGUGCGAUCCCGAGCUGUGUCAUUUCACAUAUUUUCACAAUAUCAAUCUCACCUUGCCGAAUUAUUUAGGCGGUAAACACCGUGUCUGGGGAUUUACCGGUGCCAUUACCCACUUUGUACUAGAGUGUUUAGUACCAGACGUCUAUAGAAACAAGACCUCUAAUGUACAAUCGCUCAGGAAAAGUGAGCAUGGAGAGACGGAAACGAAAAGGACUUCUCAACAAGAUGCAACACGAUCGAAAAUAUAAAGACACUGAAAUUUAGGUGUUCAUAUUACGACGCUGUAGCUUUUUAUUUGUUUUCUAUUUUUAAACGAAGUUAAUGACAAUUAUAUUAAGAUAUUUUUUUAUGUUGCACAAAAUUUAAUUUCUUAUUAGAAUUGUGUCGGUUUUUAUUUCUUAAACUGAUAUUUUUCGUAUGACAAACUUCUUAAAAAUAAUAAUUUGUUGCAGGAUAGAAAUUUCUUUAGUUUCUAGAUAUUUUUUAUUUCAUAGCUAAUUAAUACUUAAAAAACUUCGCGCGACAAAUAUCAGCCUUAUGUUUGUAUUUUCAAUCAAAUGGUAUUAAAACUUUGGGUGUUGGUAUAAUUUUAAUUUCAUUAUUUAACGGAAUGUUUCAAAUUGUUUGUACAAAAUUUGUUACAACAUAUGUCUAUAUAUGAUUUGUGGGUAUAUGUAUAUAUAUAUAUGUGUGUAUGUGUUGAAUGUGUAUAUACAUAUAUAUGAUAUAUCGUACCUGUGAUUUUAAUAGAUGUUAAGAAAUGAAUUGAUUAUAAGCAUUUCUAAUUUUUAAUGUUUAACUGGAAAUAAAACAAA